CCCCAAUCAAUUAUUCACACUAUUAAGAGAAAAUUUAAAAGAUCGGUUAUAAAACUGGAUGACCAUUCUUUCACCCGGCUACCAAGUGUAGACUGAAAUUGGUCAGAGCCUAACGAAUUGUCAAACAUGCUAUAUUUACAUAUUGUUUUCUUCACGGGGUUGUUUUACCAAGUACAAAAGAGCACUUCUUGGGUUUCUUCGGAAGAAGAUCUACUAUGUCAAGUGAACGUGAUUCGAGAAUGUUUAGAUUAUUCACUAGGACUUUUGGAAGCUAUCGAAAGUGGAAAUGAACGCCUGUUGAUGAAGGAGUGUGACUCGCUGCAGGUAAGUCAGCUGUUUAAAAUCCUUGCCCGCUAUUACAUGAACUAUAGUUUCAAUUUCAGUUUUUCCAAAAGAGAAGAAUGCGAAUCGAAGAACUGAACUCUGUGGUGAUCAUGAGAUUAAACCAUAAACGUCAAUGAGCAUUAGCGCUUGUGCUUGAGAAAUAAGAGAGCCACUCGAGGCAUCAAACAAAAUCUUUGAUAUUUUUUGAUCCCUGGAUUAUAUCCCCAUGAAAGAAAGGAUUUGUUUAUUGACUCACGCUGUUCUGUUAUUCCCUUUACUGGGAUUAUUGCACGGUGAAGUUUAUUGAAUAUUUCUAGAUUCUGAAUCUCCUCUCAUGAGUUAACUCACACAACAUUUGUACUUACCCUUAUAAAGGAAUCUAUACGACGACAAAAAGAGGACAGCUAGGCUGUAAAACUUGCCCAGCUAGCCAGGGAGCGAAACUUUUCAAUGAACAAUUCUAUAUAAUACUGGUUUUGCCAUACGGAAGAUUAGCAUGUUUUUAGUGUCCCUAUUAUGCCUGCUUGGAACUUCUUUUCUUUUCUCUUUUCUUUUCGGAAAAAUGACUAAUGUACCUUUUUCAACGAAAGGUCUGUUUGAAUUAUGAUAAUACAUAAAUAUUUUAUCUAAAAUAUUCCAGCUUCAAGAAAAGAGCUGGUGAAAAGCAGCAGCUAAAACUCUCUCUAAUUUAGCUUCAGCGCUCUAUUUUACUUUAAUUGAAUAAAUUUUCUCAGUCCGCAUGCUUGGGCCUCAAUGAAAAAUUCAAAGUAUAUAGUUGCUAAAUCAAACAGAGAAAGAUAAACAGACAACGGAAUAGUGUUUAACUAAUGCCAUGAAAAAUAUAGUGUUAAAAAAGGAAACAAGAUAUCCAAAUUGAAGCAUUCGGAAAUAAGCCCAAUUUACCAUGCAAAUGGGGAUCAUCAGUAAUUGCUAAGUAGUAACACCUUUUACAAUAAGAGCAGAAUAUCAAAUUGCCUGAAAGUUGUUGUUAAUGUCAGUAAAAGGUGUUCUACUGAAAUUUCCUACUGGUAGGCUGAUAUUUAAACUUUUCUUUUUUGUUUAAACACGUAAAUCUUUAUACCGAAGGAGACAUUCCAGAACACUGUUCAUUCCAAAUUUAUUUUUAUUCACGUGCAUAUAUACACGCAAAAUUUACGAAGUGCAAAGGGUCAAAAUUAAAAAGUCAUUUCCAAUUUUCAAUAACUGUAAAUUUCAAAACGAGGCUAAGUACAAAAACUUUUUUGCGAAAGACAAAGGAAAAGGAAAGUAGAAAGAGAAAGAGCGUGGAGGAAGAAAGGAGGAGAAGAGAAAAAAGUAAUGGUUGCACUCUUAGGUUUCAUAAUGGUUACUUUGGACGAAAAACAAACUGUUGGACGCAAAAGGUCCAUUUGGCGGUAACGUUUUCAAAAAUCCGGCUAGAUAUAUAUACAUGAAAAGUAGUAGGCCCUUUGCAGCAAGUCAUUCAGGUGGUACAAAACCGCCAUGCUGGAGAGAAGGAGGUGUACUGAGGGAAGAGAAAAAAUAGUACUAAACAACUAUCUCCCGAAGGGAAGGUGAAUAGUUGUGGAUACAUAUACCAAGACGCGAAGCGUUGAGGUAUAUCACUGACCCGGAGGGAGAUAGUUGUUUUCGUAUUUACCAAAUCAGUUGGAUAAAAAUAAAAAAGUAACCCUUUGUAAAUUAAAAACGUCACUUAGAAGGAACUUUGUUUACAAUUUUCAGGUGCAAUUUUACGAUUUUGUCGCAAAUUCAGCAUGUACCUAAUGUACGACUGCUUCAUUUAUCGCUCAAAUUUCGUCUUUCGAAAAUGUCUUGAAACGAGACGCCAUCUUGGCUUCGCUCGCAAAACAGUGAAUACCCUUGAGUAACCAAAGAUAUUCCGAGUUACGGCCAAUCAAAACGCGCGAAAAUUGCUAUUCCCUGAUUUAGUAAAUACUAAAUCAAAUUAUUUACAAUGGUAAUGUCCUUUGUUUGUCUUCUCCCAGUGCGUCCCUUGUUCUGUUGUACAGAUCAGUUGUAAAUUCCAGCUGAAAGGUCAAACGUCGAACUACCAUGAUUUGAAAUCAAUCGAAUAUAUGAUACAUAAGGGACGGACCAUUAGAAAAGUUAUGGGGGGGAGGGGAAUUUUCGAGCCGCAGGAAUUUUUUUUCGUUAUCAAAUUCCUUGUAUGAAUUUU